AUGUCAUAUAUUGGGUGGACCGUUAGUGAAUGGAAGAAAUUCCAUUUUGAUGCUACACCAAAUGAAUCAUUUAAAUUGUUAUUACAAUUAGUUAAUGAUCAAGACGAAAAUGAUCCAGCUUGGAUUAAAAUUGUUUCUGAAGACAAUUUAAGACAUCAAUGGGAUUUCUUACAAAGUAACAGUAACAAAAAAGACUUACCACUUUAUGGGGUACCUGUAGCUAUUAAAGAUAAUAUUGAUGUGAAACAUUUACCAACAACUGCUGCUUGUCCAAGUUUUGAAUAUGAUCCUAAAGAAGAUGCUACAGUAGUUAAAUUGUUAAGAGACAAAGGUGCCAUAGUUAUUGGUAAAACUAAUUUAGAUCAAUUUGCAACUGGUUUAGUUGGUACUAGAUCUCCAUACGGUAUAACACCAUGUACUUUUAAUGACAAAUACGUCAGUGGUGGUUCUUCUGCUGGUAGUGCUUCUGUUGUUGCUAGAGGUAUUGUACCUGUUUCUUUAGGUACUGAUACUGCUGGUAGUGGAAGAGUUCCUGCUCAUUUAAAUAAUUUAAUUGGUUUGAAACCAACUAAAGGUGUAUUUUCAUGUAAAGGGGUUGUUCCAGCUUGUAAAUCUUUAGAUUGUGUUUCUAUCUUUGCUUUAAAUUUACAAGAUGCUCAAUUAUUAUUCGAAAUCAUGGCUAAACCUGAUGUUGAACAUGAUGAAUAUUCAAGACCUUUACCUCCAAAUCCUUUAUUAUCAUUUUAUAAACCAAAAAUUGGUAUUCCAACCAAUUUGUUAUGGUUUGGUGAAACUGAAAAUCCAAAGGUUUAUAAUAAAGCUGUUGAUGUAUUCAAGAGUAUGAAUUACGAAAUGCCACCAGUUAAUAUCGAUCCUUUUGUUGAAUUAGCUAAAUUAUUGUAUGAAGGUCCUUGGGUUACUGAAAGAUAUGUUGCAACCAAAGAUUUUUUCGCAACCAAUCCUCCAGCUAAAGAUCUUGAUCCAACAGUUAAAAAGAUUAUCGAAGGUGGAGAAUCUUAUACCGGAGCUAAUUGUUUCAAAUAUGAAUAUAAGAGACAAGCAUUAUUACAAAAAAUCAAUGAAAUCAUGUCUAAUGUUGAUGUCAUUGUUUUCCCAACAGCUCCAUUAAAUCCUUCAAUCAAACAAGUUCAAGAAGAACCAAUUAAAUGGAAUAGUUAUCAAGGUACUUAUACUAAUUUCGUUAAUUUAGCUGAUUUAACAGCCUUAGCUAUCCCUGCUGGUUUCAGAUCCGAUAAUUUACCAUUUGGUAUCACUUUAAUAUCACAAAAAUUCAAUGAUUAUGCAUUAUUGGAAUUAGCUAAUCAAUUCUUAAAGAAAUUUAAUUCAAACAGAUUCGUUGGUUGCUUAAAGGAUACUUUGGUUGGAACUGGUGAUGAAUUAUUACCAAUUCCUCAACCAAACCCUUCAACUUCAGUCGAAUUAGCUGUUGUUGGUGCUCAUUUAAAAGGUUUUGAAUUACAUUGGCAAUUACAAAAAUGUAACGCUACAUUUGUCAAACAAGCUAAAACUUCAAAAAAUUAUAAAUUAUAUUGUUUACCAAAAUCAGGUCCAAUUUUGAAACCAGGUUUAAGAAAAAUCAAUCCUGAUGAAGAAACUGGUGGUGACAAUAUUACCAUUGAAAUUUAUUCUCUUCCAAUUGAAAAAUUCGGUGAAUUCGUUUCUAUGGUUCCUCAACCUUUAGGUAUUGGUUCAGUUGAAUUAGAUGAUGGUAAAGUUAUCAAAUCUUUCAUUUGUGAAGAAUUUGGUUACAAGUCUAAAUCUACUGUCGAAAUUACCAAAUAUGGUGGAUGGAAGAAUUUCAUCGAAGCUGAAAAGGCUAACAAAAACAAAAAACCUUUCGACUCAGUAUUGGUAGCUAACAGAGGUGAAAUUGCUGUAAGAAUCAUCAAAACUUUGAAAAAAUUGGGAAUUAAAUCUAUUGCUAUUUACUCAGACUUAGAUAAAUACGCCAAACAUGUUUUAGAAGCUGAUGAAGCUAUUCCUUUACAUGGUAGAUCAGCUGCUGAAACUUAUAUUUCCAUUGAUAAAGUUAUCGCGGCUGCAAAAAAAUCUGGUGCUGAAGCUAUUAUUCCAGGUUAUGGUUUCCUUUCAGAAAACGCUGAUUUCUCCGAUAGAUGUGGUAAAGAAGGAAUCGUUUUCGUUGGUCCAAGUGGAGAUGCUAUCAGAAAAUUAGGUUUGAAACAUAGUGCUAGGGAAAUUGCCAAAACUGCUGGUGUUCCAUUAGUACCAGGUUCAGAUUUAAUCAAAUCUCCUAAAGAAGCCAGAGAAGUUGCCAAUAAAUUAGAAUAUCCUGUUAUGGUUAAAUCUACUGCUGGUGGAGGUGGUAUUGGUUUACAAAAAUGUGACUCUGAAAAUGAAAUUGAAAGAAUUUUCGAAACUGUCCAACAUCAAGGUAAAUCAUAUUUCGGUGAUGAUGGAGUUUUCUUAGAAAGAUUUGUUGAAAACUCUAGACACGUUGAAAUUCAAAUUUUAGGUGAUGGUUUCGGUAAAGCUAAAGCCUUAGGUGAAAGAGAUUGUUCUUUACAAAGAAGAAAUCAAAAGGUUAUUGAAGAAACCCCAGCUCCUAACUUACCUGAAACUACUAGAGCUAAAAUGAGAAAAGCUGCUGAAUCCUUAGCUUCAGUAUUACAUUACAAAUGUGCUGGUACUGUUGAAUUCAUCUAUGAUGAAAAACGUGACGAAUUCUACUUCUUGGAAGUUAAUGCUAGAUUACAAGUUGAACAUCCUAUUACUGAAAUGGUAACAGGAUUCGAUUUAGUUGAAUGGAUGUUAUUAAUUGCUGCUGAUAUGGCACCAAAUUUGGAAGAACAAGUCAUCACUGUCACCGGUGCUUCAAUGGAAGCUAGAUUAUACGCUGAAAACCCAGUUAAAGAUUUUAUGCCAUCUCCAGGUCAAUUAACCGAAGUCAAAUUCCCUGAAUGGGCAAGAAUCGAUGGUUGGGUUGAAAAAGGUACUGUUGUUUCUGCUGAAUACGAUCCUACUUUAGCUAAAAUCAUUGUUCACGGUAAAGAUAGAAAUGAUGCUUUAAUGAAAUUGAGAAAAGCUUUGAAUGAAACCGUGGUUUAUGGAUGUAUUACUAAUGUCGAUUAUUUGAGAUCAAUUGCCAACUCCAAGAUGUUUGAAGAUUGUAAGAUGCAUACUAAAAUUUUGGAUUCAUUCAAAUAUCAACCAACUGCUUUUGAAGUCUUAAACCCUGGUGCUUACACUACUGUUCAAGAUUAUCCAGGUAGAAAAGGAUAUUGGCACAUCGGUGUUCCUCCAUCAGGUUGUAUGGAUGAAUACGCUUUUAGAAUUGGUAAUAGAAUUGUUGGUAAUGAUAAAAAAGCACCUGGUAUUGAAAUCACCUUAAACGGUCCUAAAUUCUUAUUCCAUCACGAUACCGUUAUCGCUGUUACCGGUGGUAAAGUUAAGGUAGAAGUUAACGACAAAGAAGUUAACCAAUGGGAACCAAUUGAAAUUAAAGCCGGAGACAAAGUCAAUGUUGGUAAAUUAAUUGAAGGUUGUAGAGCUUAUUUGACUAUUAGAGGAGGUAUCGAUGUCACUGAAUACUUGGGCUCUAGAUCCACUUUUGCUUUAGGUAACUUAGGUGGUUACAAUGGUAGAGUAUUAAAAUUAGGUGAUGUUUUAUUUUUAGGUCAACCAGAAUUACCAAGUUGUACCUUACCAUCACCAGUUUCUAAACCUACUAAAGUUCCAAGCCAAUUAAUUCCAUCAUACGAUUUCAAUGCUAAGAAAUCAUGGAAAGUCGGUGUCACCUGUGGUCCUCAUGGAUCUCCAGAUUUCUUCAAGAAAGAAAGUGUUGAAGAAUUCUUCCAAUCUGAAUGGAAAGUUCACUACAAUUCCAACAGAUUCGGAGUAAGAUUAAUUGGUCCUAAACCUCAAUGGGCCAGACCUGAUGGUGGAGAAGCUGGUUUACAUCCUUCUAAUGCUCAUGAUUAUGUUUAUUCAUUAGGUGCUAUCAAUUUCACUGGAGAUGAACCUGUUAUUUUAACUUGUGACGGUCCUUCUUUGGGUGGUUUCGUUUGUGAAGCUGUUGUCGCUGAAGCUGAAAUGUGGAAAAUUGGUCAAGUUAAACCAGGUGAUUUGAUUCAAUUCAUUCCUUUAGAUUGGGAAACUGCUAAAGGUUUGAAAACUCAACAAGAUAAAAUCAUUGAAUCUUUCGAAGGUGAAUUACCAUCUUUCGAAAGUAAGAUCUUAUCAUCACCAAAUGAUCCAGUCUUAGCUGUCAUUGAUAAGAGUAACAGUUCUCCUAAAGUGGUUUAUAGACAAGCUGGUGAUAGAUAUAUCUUGAUUGAAUACGGAGAUAAUGUUAUGGACUUAAACUUGAGUUAUAGAAUCCAUAAAUUGAUUGAAAUCAUUAGUGAAAGAAAAACUCAUGGUAUUGUUGAAAUGUCAAGAGGUGUUAGAUCAGUUUUGAUUGAAUUUGAUGAAAUCUCUCAAAAAGAUUUAUUGAAGAUUUUGAUUUCAAUUGAAAAGGAAAUUGUUUUCAUUAACAAAUGGAAGAUUCCUUCAAGAAUUAUCAAAUUACCAAUGGCCUUCGAAGAUAAAAAGACUAUGGACGCCGUUAAAAGAUAUAGUGAAACUAUUAGAAGUGAAGCUCCUUGGUUACCAAAUAAUGUUGACUUCAUUGCUUCUAUUAAUGGUAUAGAAAGAUCUGAUGUUAAAGAUAUGUUAUACACUGCUAGAUUCUUAGUCUUAGGAUUAGGUGAUGUUUUCCUUGGUGCUCCAUGUGCUGUUCCAUUAGAUCCCAGACAAAGAUUCUUAGGUACCAAAUAUAAUCCUUCAAGAACUUUCACACCAAACGGUACUGUUGGUAUUGGAGGUAGUUAUAUGUGUAUCUACACCAUGGAAUCUCCAGGUGGUUAUCAAUUAGUUGGUAGAACUGUUCCAAUUUGGGAUAAAUUAACCUUAGGUUUACAUUCAGUUGAUCACCCAUGGUUAUUAUCACCAUUCGAUCAAGUUGAAUUUUACCCUGUCAGUGAAGAAGUUAUUGAUAAUUACAGUGAUGAAAUGAAUGCAGGUAAGUUCAAGGUUGAUAUCAUUGAUACUGUUUUCGAUCAUGGUAAAUACUUAGAAUGGAUUCAAGAAAAUUCUGAGUCAAUUGAAGAAUUCCAAAAGAACCAAGGUGGUGAUAAAUUAGAAGAAUUUAACAGAUUAAUUCAAAUUUCUAAUGCUGAGUUAGCUAAAAGUUCUCAACCAGUUAACACUGAAGAGGACAAAUUCAGUGAAGAUGCUGAAAUGGUUUAUUCUGAAUUCAGUGGUAGAUUCUGGAAACCUUUGGUUGAAGUUGGUCAAGAGAUCAAAAAAGGGGAUGGCUUGAUUGUUGUUGAAGCUAUGAAGACCGAAAUGAUUGUUAAUGCCACAAAAGACGGUAAAGUUGUAAAGAUCUUCCAUAAAAAUGGAGAUAUGGUUGAAGCUGGAGAUUUAGUAGUAGUUACUGAGUAA